UACCGAUCAGCCUCGGUAGGCUCAUCCUCGCCGGCAUGGUCGCCGGCGGUGUGCAGUACGGAUGGGCGCUCCAGCUCUCCCUCCUCACCCCCUACGUCCAGACUCUCGGACUAUCACAUGCCCUGACUUCAUUCAUGUGGCUCUGCGGCCCUAUUGCUGGCUUAGUGGUUCAACCAUGUGUUGGUCUGUACAGUGAUAAGUGCACCUCCAAAUGGGGAAGACGGAGACCCUUCAUAAUGACAGGAUGUGUUCUCAUCUCCAUUGCGGUUUUGUUUGUGGGAUUCUCUGCUGAUAUUGGAGCUGCCCUGGGUGAUAGCAAGGAAGACUGCAGUGUCUACCAUGGCCAUCGGUUGCACGCUGCAAUUGUCUAUGUCCUCGGAUUCUGGAUGCUGGACUUCUCCAACAAUACUGUGCAAGGUCCAGCUCGUGCUCUGAUGGCCGAUUUGUCAGGAAAGCAUGGACCCAGUGCUGCAAAUUCAAUCUUCUGUUCUUGGAUGGCGCUAGGAAAUAUCCUAGGGUACUCCUCUGGUUCCAUAAAUAACUGGCACAAGUGGUUUCCCUUCCUUCGAACAAGAGCUUGUUGUGAAGCUUGCGCGAAUCUGAAAGGCGCGUUUCUCGUGGCUCUGUUCCUGUGUCUGUGUUUGCUGAUAACCUUGAUCUUCGCCAAGGAGGUCCCAUACAAACAAAUUGCGCCGCUCCCAACAAGGGAAAAUUGUGAAGCUGAAGCUGAACCUAGUGGGCCAUUUGCCGUGUUCCAAGGCUUGAAGAACCUUCCUUCCGGAAUGUUUUCAGUACUCGUUGUUACCGGACUCACAUGGCUUUCUUGGUUCCCUUUUAUUCUUUAUGACACCGAUUGGAUGGGUCGGGAGAUCUACCACGGCGACCCGCAGGGAACCCAAGCCCAGGACUCGGCGUACCAGGAAGGUGUCAGGGCGGGCGCAUUCGGCCUGCUGCUGAACUCAAUCGUACUGGGAUUUAGCUCCUUCCUGAUCGAGCCUCUGUGCAAGAAGCUGGGCCCGAGGGUGGUAUGGGUAUCGAGCAACUUCGCCGUCUGCAUCGCCAUGGCCGCCACCACCAUCAUAAGCUGGUGGGCUACCAUCACCGUCAGUAAGGACAUCAAAGUCGUAUGCAUGGCCAUCUUCUCAUUUCUCGGACUGCCACUCGCGGUUCUCUACAGCGUCCCCUUCGCGGUGACGGCGCAGCUGGCGGCAAGCAAAGGAGGCGGACAAGGGCUGUGCACGGGGGUGCUCAAUAUCGCCAUCGUCAUCCCGCAGGUAAUCAUUGCGCUGGGGGCGGGUCCGUGGGACCAGCUGAUCGGAAAGGGGAACAUCCCGGCAUUCGGCGCGGCCUCUGGCUUCGCGCUCAUCAGCGGCAUAGUCGGCAUGUUCCUGUUGCCCAAUAUCUCGAGGCGGUCAUUCCAAGCCGUCAGCACUGGCGGUCACUGACCGCGCCCGAGCACGAGUGAAAGCUCGAUUCUAGUUCGCUUCAAGACUCCCUAGAGUAGAAUAAAAUAUGUGAGGAACCGUAUGUUUAUGUAUGUGUGCUAGUCCAUCACCGGCUGGGUGGUCUGUGAAGGCCAUGUCGCCGUCGUAUUCGGAUCGGAGCGCCUUUGAUCAGGCCAGGUGUCAUCCUUGCGUUGUGACUUGUGUGUAGCGAAACAAG